CACGCUAGAUUCUCUGUGCCAAGUAUGCAAAUUCAACACAAAAUCUCAAGAUUAAAAUAUAUGCUAAAACUUGAUCUGUUUGUGCUGACACGUUACUUGAUGCAAUCAUUGUAAUUUGCCAUAAAGAACUCACAAAAACAACUUCUCUUUUACAUUAUGUUGACAGAUGAUAACUUUUACUCAUAUCCAUUAUAGAUAUAUCUUACUUAAAAAAUGGAGACUUACCAAAAGUGUUUACAAGUUUUAAAAUCAAACCAAUCAGAUAGUGAGAAACUAGCAGCGCUCAUGGUUGUUUCCAAGCUAUCUUCAAGUUUAACUCUUGACGAGAAGAAUGUGUGUGAUUUAUUUCAAGCUGUCACACCCACAUUUUUGAUGAGAUUGAUCAAAUCAAAAGCAAAUGAAAGUGAUGAUACAAGUAAAAUGCUCAAAGAUGUGGCAGUAAGCAUAAUUUCGCUUUUUGUUCAGCUUAUUCCUGAUGUAGUUUUGAAGGAGGAACUGAUAUUUGAAGAAAUUUUUGCUACAAUAAGUGAAGAUCAUCAUGAAUGUAUCGAUGCUUGGAUUGAUGUCAUCGUUUCCAUUUCUUAUCAUGACAAAGGAAGAAGCCUUUUACUUGACUACAAAUUAUUAACAGUUUUUCGAAAUUUAAUACUUCAAACGGAAAAACAAGAGAAUGUUUUCACCCUCCUAUCAAAUCUAUUAGUCAAAGGUCAUCAACCGAAUCCCACAGUUGUUGAAUUUAUCCUGAAACUUUCUAAAGAAUUUAAGAUCACUCAGGAGCUUGUAAAAUUUCAAUAUGUCAAUGUUUUAGAUAAACUGUUUAGCUUGAUAUCAGCAAAAAUGACAGUUGAUUAUAAAGAUGAUUAUUAUAUGAAGAUAUUAAAAAAUAUUGCUGAUGGAUGCGGUGAUAUUAUGCAGUCCCGUGUCAAAAGUGACCAAAAAAGAUCUGUUAUCAUGUUGAUAUCCAAAACAUUGGCAGUAUUUGGGGUAGAAUGGAUUUUUGAUGGAAAAUGUGUUGAAAAGAAUGCUAAAUUUAUAAUACUAACUUUAACUGUUAUAAGCAUUGAGAUGGCUUGUCUUUUCCAAGAAAAUCCCCACAACAUUGUAUUAGUGGAACAAAAAUGCCUUAUCAACUCUUUCUUUGAUAUUUCUGUAAAAGUGUUACAGUUUCUUUGUGGUGAUGCUUUUGAACAACACAACCUGUCUAAUGAUAGCAAAUUCAUUUUGAAUGCUUUUAACUGCUUAAAAAAUAUUAUGAAAACAACCUAUGAAAAUUUGGAACUAGUUAACGUGGAAUCAGUAAAACCACUCGAUGAUCCUGUUUUAAUGGAUGCUCUUUCUAUGGUUUGUGUUUGGGCAACUGAGGAGACUGAACAUUUAAGGGAAGAACUGCAGAAAAUAAUACCACUUAUCGUUAAAGUUGGAACAGUUGAUCUUGAAGAAAAUGUCAGAAAUGGUAAGCCCACGCAUUUUCUACAUGCGAUGUCGCCAUGUGUCGCACAACUGUUACCAGAUGACGCGAUGAGAAAAGUUUUAAUCAGAUGUAAAUGUCAAGAUUUGUACAUAAGUUACUUUUGUUGAAUGGUUCAAUCCAAACAAACUGAGAUAGUUUGUUUGAAGGCAGUUAACUCGACCAUACAUAUCCUAUAUCAGUUACUUUUGCUUGAACCGAAGCAUUGUUAUGAAAGCAAGUUGUUCGAUGAGUUGGUCACAUCAACUCGAAACAUCAUCCAUGAUUUUCUUGCAUCCAGUGCAGAUAAAAGCGAGUAUUAUACCAGUUUUGAAAUAAUCGCACUUUUUUCACACUGCUGCGUUUAAAAUCCUAUGAAGUUGACUCAAUUAUUCAAACUCUUACAGAAGCUUCUAUUAACUUUAUUUUUAACGAAAUUGAUAGGAGUGUUGCGGGUGAUUUGAAAGAUAUUUGGAUCAUUGCUGCUCAGAACAUCAUGGUCUAUGUAACAGAACACGAAAAGUUAUAUCGUCAUUUAAAAACACGAUCUUCACAACUUUUUCAAAAGACAGGACCAGAAUACGAAGACUAUAAAAAUGUUUUUAAGCAGGUGUUAUGAUUUGUAAUGUCAAAAGAAGUUGAUCAAGUCAAGGUA